GGAGCUCCCAGACUGUCGGAGCUCAGGCCUUGGAUGAGCGGAGGGGUGGUCAUAGGUGGAGGUAGUGGCGCGGGAGGAGAUGGGGCAGAGAAAGGAGGCAGGCUUAGAUGUUCCCGCAGACUCUGGGUUCUUCUCGGAACGCUGGUUCUCGUCUUUCUCACCUCACUCUUCGUGUCUGUCUCCCUGCGCGGGGGCGUCGGAUUCAACUACCUGGAGCCACCUGGGUGGGAGGAGUCGAGGCGGGUGAAGCUGGUGCCCAACUAUGUGGGGGCUCACCAGCUGUCACCAGCCGACACUCAGCUGCAGAAGACAUGUGCCUGCCCUCGGUGUGUUGGAGAUCCUGGAGUCUCCGAUUGGUUCGAUGAGAACUAUGACCCAGACAUUUCUCCCGUUUGGACCAGAGACAACAUCCAGCUGCCCCCUGAUGUCUACUACUGGUGGGUGAUGCUGCAGCCCCAGUUUAAACCCCACAGCAUCCAGCAGGUGCUCCUGAGGCUCUUUCAGGUGAUUCCCGGAAGGUCGCCAUAUGGCUCUUGGGAUCCGGGACGCUGCCUUCAGUGCGCUGUGGUGGGAAACUCUGGAAACCUCCGUGGGGCUGGAUACGGGGCCACCAUUGAUGGACACAACCACAUCAUGAGGAUAAAUCUGGCCCCCACGGUGGGCUAUGAGGAAGAUGUGGGGAGCCACACCACUCACCACUUCAUGUACCCAGAGAGCGCCAAAAAUCUGGCCGCAAACGUCAGCUUUGUCCUAGUUCCCUUCAAAACACUGGAUCUGGUUUGGAUCACCAGUGCUCUGUCUACCGGCCAGAUUCGAUUUACUUACGCUCCAGUGAAGCAGUUCCUCCGUGUUGAUAAGGACAAGGUUCAGAUCUUCAACCCAGCCUUCUUUAAAUACAUCCAUGACCACUGGACCCGACAUCACGGGCGCUACCCCUCCACCGGCAUGCUGGUGCUUUUCUUUGCCCUGCAUGUCUGUGAUGAGGUGAACGUUUUUGGCUUUGGGGCAGACAGCCGAGGAAACUGGCACCACUACUGGGAGCAGAACCGCUACUCCGGAGAGUUCAGGAAGACAGGUGUCCAUGACGCGGACUACGAAGCCCAGAUCAUUCAGCAGCUCGCCAAGGCCGGAAAAAUCACAGUAUUCCCUGGAAAAUGAGCAGCAGAGUAUACUGCGUAGAUCUUCGCUUCAUCAGCCAAACACCAUGCGUUAGAUACUCACCUUUACUAACCUGCACCAGUUUAGAUUCUUAGUUGUGGUUAAGGCUAACUGAAGGUGACCAAAUGAUCUCAGAUGCUUCCAAAAAAUUUGUUUUUGUUAACUUUUCCCCUCGAGUUAAGUCCUAAAUCAGCCUCGAUAGUCACCCUAUAAUGGCUUCCUGUAGGCCAAAGUCGAGGCUGCUGCUCUUUUCCCCGAGGCAAGUGACAAGCUUGAUGGCUGAACAGCUGGAAAAGUCAAUAACCACUAAAACAAACCCCUGCAGCUCUGAAGUAUCCACAAAUAACUCACUAGCCUCAAGUGGAAAUGCUCAUACUUUGAGGACUAUUUAAUCCCCUCUUCAUAUCAAACAGUACGCUCCACGGUGAGCCAGUGAAGUCGAUGACUCGUGUUCGAUGUUGUGACAUUUUAACCUUCGAGUCUGAGGAUGCUGAAAGGAUUUAAAGCUCUUCAUUGUUGACUAAAGCUACAGAACAUGAGUCGUGUCUUUCAGGCCAAACAUCUCUAACGAUUUCUGUUGUUACAAGGUCUAUGUGGCCAUGACGGCUUGUAAAACAGUUGCUUAGAGACGGUAUGUGAUGACUGCAGGUUUAUUGAAUAUGGCCGCCAUCUGAAGUCCCCCUUCGACCCCUUAUAGUGUCUUCACCUCAUAGAUUAUCAAAAACACAAUCAAGACUUUCUGCCUUUCAGCCUCUGACUCAAAUCGCUGCAGCAUCGCUCGCCUCAGCUUCUGGAGGUUGCUAAAUGCCAUGGCAACCGUAGGCCCUGCUGCAGUCUACUCACAUCUAGACAUGAAGAGAGAUGUGUUGAUUUGACUGCAUGAGACUCUAAUGAGGCUAAAAGUACAUCUCCUGGGAUUUCAUGUUUGGAUGGAGGCAUGCUGGUUUCUGGUUGGAGACCUCGUGUGGUCUGUCAGAGUCUAAUUAGGGAGAGACGGCGAUGGAGAGCUCGAACAUGAGAUUUGAUGCACUCAACCGUUUGUAAGAACAAAAAAAGGAGUUCGGUGGUUGUUCGGGAGGCAACUUGGACAAACUUUAACCGGAGUCUCCCCCAUUUUGAAAGGACUCUUCCACAAAGCCAGACUCCUGCUUCCCGGUGGAGUCAAUAGAUCGUCUGGAGGACUUUGUCCCAGAUUAAGGCCUAUAUGAUGGGGUGAGAGAAAACCCCCACUGGAACUUGUUACUGCUCGUUAGCAUCUCGGCCUCAUUAACCACUCGCCCUGAUCCCUGGUCAACCAAUUAAAACUUCAGCAGAGUCUGGAGGAGGUGGAGCCACCAGACGCCUUAGACUUCACCUCUGCAGCCCGUUUCAUGAUGGCGACAGAUCUCAGUGUUAGUUUUGUACCGCUGCCGGCUCAGAUUGGGUUUUUCCCUCCUUCCGGCAGCAUACUAAUGGUUUCUGCCAACAUAAAUGACCCAUUAUUACCCUCCAUUCUGACUUAUUUACAUCUAAAAAAGAAAACAAACUAAUUUUUGUAGGGAAAAAAAAGAGGGAAGAGAGACAUGAGCUUUGAAUGAAGGAAAAGAGUUUGAGAUGCGGCUGUAAAUCCAAACAUGACAGAUGUGUUCACAAACAAGCAGCUGGUGGCUAAUAAAGAGAAGUGCUCAGGGUUCCUGAGCACAUCUGGAAACACACUGCAGAAAAAGACCUGAUAAACUAUAUCUUUGCUUCUUUAGAACAACCUGAUGUACGUCAGGCACUGAGUCAAAAGUUAAAUCAUGGAUUACCUAAAGCUCCUGAAAAUUUGGUUUAAGAUUAAAUUAUGUUCAAAUCUUCCUAAAUAUUCAUGAUCAGAUAAAAACAUAAGUAUAAAGAGUACCCGUAGGAGUUUAGAGCAGCGUGUAGUCUCAGAGCAACAAUGCUCCAUUUUAUUCUCCCCCUGGUGACAAAUGAGUCUCUAAAGAUAGAGAAAUCUCAAAUAUCAAACCCUUAAGGGAAUUAUUCAUCAAAUUACCCACUUUUACAGAAAGGGUGCGUCAGAUUUACGUUUGCCUUAAUUAUCAAGGGUUCAAUAUGGCAACUUAGAAAUGUUAGAUACUUGAUUUUGCUCCUGGGGACAAAUCUGAAACAUCAGAUGCCAAAAAUGAGUCAAAACUCCACAAGAGACAAAUGUUAGGAGACAAAAUCCCCAACGUUGUCCAGCUAAUAAUAUUUGUUUUCUUGUGUUAGAAGAAGCUUUUAUGGGCAUUUCUGUAGUUGCAGGGUUUAGAAUGCCAAAAUGGCCUCAAAGUUCUGGUGAUAAGAAAAAAAAAAAAUAUUUUCAUGUGAGGAAUGAACUGUGGAUGUGUCAUAGUGAUCUGUACUGAAUACCUGACCUGCUUACCUGUAGUGUGUUAAAUAUUUUUUUACACCCAUAUUUUAUCUUACAUACACCAAAUAAUCCUCCAGAAGUAUUUAAAUGUGUUAUUUCAGCACUAAAUAUUUCAUCAAUAAGUUUUAGCUAUUUAUUUUGCCAGAAGUGAAAAUGGAAAUCUUCCACCAUAAAAAAAUCUAAACUUAAAUACAUUAGGCUUAGAAAAGAAAGAGAAGAGAAAUGCAGCUGCAGCUGAUGCUUCAGGCUGGGAAAUAAAAGUGAUAAAAUGUGGUUUCUCAGCCUCAGGACGCUGCAAGGCAGCUCCAGAAAUGUACAUGAUAAAGGUCACUGCAGCAUCAACUCAAGUCAGAAACUCAGAAUUUUAAGGCUGGAAACUUGUGUAGUGUUGCUUUAAACAAGAUCACAUCAACUUGAUCUCUAAUAAUCGAAGAUUCUGGACCUAACACACAUUUGUCCCCAUUAACAUUUUUAAAUCUAUUUUUCAGCUCAACAGAAAGUUUGAACCCUGAGGCACCUUCUGUAAAAGAGGCUGUUUGAUAGAUCCUUUUCUUGUUUGCUUAUCAGUUAAAAGAAAAUGUAACUGUAGGAAAACUGAGGUGGAAACGUAAAACGACCAUAGGAAUAUGUUCCUUGUUCCCGCUCUGGUUCUUGUCUCUCCUUGGUGAUGUGUUUAAUGGUGGACACAAGAAAUGAGCAAAAAUCUCAAUGAACUGUUCAGAAAAUAUUUCCAGUGGCUUUCAUUUUCAUUUAAAAAGAAUAAAGAUCUGUUUCAGCCUAAAGUGACUCUUAUGAGCAAAAACUAAAAGUCUGCCUUCCCAUAAUGUUUGAAGAUAGUAGAAUGAGACCACCAGCUGUUGCAGCACAUCCUCUGAUCAUGCUUUAAGAAAAAAAAAACCUCACCUGUGUGUGACGGAGCAGAUGGGAUUUAACCGCUCUGAUCCCAUGUUUUAGUUUGAUAUGAACAUCCAGCAUUGUGCACUCACAUGGACAAGGGUUGGGGUGUCACACUGCCCUCAUCAGGUGAUGUGAUGAGCUGAUCCCAGCUCCGUUUUUCUUCCUGUAACUCCACAUGUUCUCGUCAUUCUCCACAGGUUUUACAGGAAGCCGUCGUGUUGAGCUGGACUCAUCUCACACAGACUGAAGCUGGACGUACCGUUUGCGUUUCCUGUCUUUUUCCUCGCACUCAAACACACUUUUGUGCCUUGUCCUGCCAUUGCGCCAUCAACAACACACACCUGCUACCUUUUUAUUUUGUCACACACAUUCGGCUGAGAGCUGUGCCUUCUAAGCUACACUUAAAACACACACACAUAACACACACUGCCUUCUGCUCUUCACUUCUUACUGCUUUGUAAACAGAUGUUUUUAAAGAUGACUGCGGGCUGAAAACUGAUGAUGAACUGGAUUUAUAUAAGCUUGCUUUUGAUCGGACUGCAUGCAGAGAGGGUUACCUGCUGGAUUCAAGCCCCUGAGACUGCAGGAAAAACAUGCAACAGUGAUGAAAAAGCAAAUGAAAAAAAAGGUUUAGAAAUCUUAGCUGCUGCUUGCUCCCCUCCAGCUUCAUAAUGAAUGUUAAUUCCUUUCACGCUGACAUUUUUUCACCCCUCUGGCAGCAGAAUACCUUAUUUUCAGUUAAUGUGCUCCCAAACAGGCUGUUCCAGCAAGCGAGUUGUUAUCAGCCUCGUCCCUGUCGACCAGCUGAAGACCACAGUGUCUGAUCAGAUAAGGAGAGAGCAGAGUAAACCCUUCCCGCUGUUUCAACCUAAAUUAGAGGCAUGACACAGAAAUGAGUGUCCAUGUGGCAAACAUAACCUAAAGUAGGUCUUUUCUCCUGCUGCUGACCCAAAACUCCUAUUUUAUUAGCUUCCAGAAGAGAUUCAGUUCAUUUAAACCAGAUAAAUCUUCUUACUGAAAGAUGUGCCGUUUAUUUUAUUUAAACUGAUUUCCUUCAAAAGAUGCUUUUUUUUUGUUGUAAUUUCCAAGCUAUAUGACCCCCAAACCUUCCCUGACUUUUAAUCAUCUUUAAACUGCUCCUUCAAUUUCUGCUUUAUUUUAUCUGACACAUUAGACCCAAAGCUACGUCACAUUUCAGCCAAAAUCACUCAUUUACAGAUCGAGUUCAGGCUUUAAGCAACAUGUGCACCACAGUCUCCAGUAUCCUGAACAAAACCAGGCUCCUACAGCUCAUUGCAUGUCUAUUUAAACAGCACCUGCUUGAUGCCAGAGAUCAGAUCUCAUGAAGUCACUGGUACAAGUCAUCUUACACGAUAUGUUGAAUAAGCAGCAGAAAUUCGUCACAAUGUAGCUUGUUAUUUAAGAAAAAGACAUCCGCCACAAGGAGUUAAUCAGAUAAUAAACAAAACAAAUCUACAGUCAGAAGAGUUUUAUAAUAAAAAUCUUCACCGUUGCCCCGUCCCUCUAGGCCUUAUUUAUUACUUUAAUAUCUGAACAAGAACCCAUCACUUGGUUUGAGCUGAGCUGAGAAAACUGGAUCGAUUCAGCUGAAAGAUCUAGAAAAGAAGAUGAAAAGAUUAGACUACUGGUCCUGUUUUAGAGGUGAGAACACAUCCAAGCAGCUCUUUACUCAUCUGUACCAAACAGAAACUCAGCAGACAGCCCAUAUCAGACCGCCUCCAUCGAUUGUAACGCCAAUACUCACACCUCUGUUAGAUAUUGUCCUUUUGCUCCGUAGUGUCUGGGAUGAAAUGUUAGACUUGUCAAGUAGGAACAAAGCUGCUUAGUGAAUCUGUAAGACCAGCAAACGUACAGAAGCAGAUAGUGUAGGAACAGAAAUAGUGAGUUAAACUUAGUUUGAGUGUGUGAAGCUUCCCCGUGUGGGUGGAGUCCUAUCACCGCCGUCUCAUCCCGCCUUUAAUGUCUUCUUCAGUAACUUCUGGAAAAAGGCUGUGUAUUUACCACUGAACGUCUGUAUGACACGUGACUCUUUGUAUCUUAUGCUAUUGUACAAAUAAAGGCUUCAUGAAACUG